AUGAAAAGAAUUACGUUCAGCGACAAUCCCCUCGCCUUCUCGACCUCCUGGCUGCUCCCCCCCGCCGCGCUGGCCGCCCUGCGCGGCCUCCUCUCGCUGUACAUCUUCGUGACCAUCAUCUUCAUCUGGGCGUGGUACGGCGCCCACGGCGAGAGCAGCGCCAUCGGCGAGACCUUCAGCUACUUCACCUGGCUGACCUACUUCGGCCUGGGCUUCUACUUCCUCGUCGCCGCCCUCCACUCGGCCUACUACGCUCGCACCGGUCGUUCGCUGUUCACGCGCUGGCCACGUGCCCUGCUCGCCCUGCACAGUCUCUUCUACAGCACCGUCACCACGUUUCCCUUCCUCGUCACCAUCGUCUACUGGGGGGCGAUCUAUUCGCCGCCGUGGUUUACGGAGAAGUUUGAAGCCUGGGCAAAUAUCUCCCAACAUGGCUUCAAUUCGCUGUUCGCCCUCCUCGAGAUCGGCCUGGCUACUACCCCCCCUCAUCCCCUCAUCAACCUGCCCUUCCUCGUCUUGAUCCUCCUCCUAUACCUCGCCCUCGCAUAUCUGACAUACCACGACGAAGGAUGGUAUCCGUACUCUUUCCUCGACAUCAAGACCAACGGUUCCGGCCUGGUGACAGGCUACUGCUUCGGCAUUCUGGCUGCUAUCCUCGUCAUCUUCGCCAUCUCCUGCGCUCUCAUCUGGUUGCGGAGGAAACUCACCAAGGAGGUCGUGAAACGCUCGGCGCGUGACGUCUCGGAUCGGGGUGAGGAGAAUCUCGAGGCGGGUCAGGAAAAGUCUUAUUUUUAA